GAAGCCUCCCUUCCAUUCGCAACCUGCAACGACUAGAAACUUCUGCCACUUGAACUUUUAACUCUUUUUCGUCCCACCUGUAACAGGGACCUAAACCUGCUUCUUAAGACCCUUUUCUCUCUCUGAUUUUUCUCCUUUAUAUCUUCAAGUCUCUCUGACCUUAUACUAUAUUUAGCUCUCGGUUUCGGCGAAGUUUACUCGUCAUCGGAGGGUUUGAUCGCACAAAUUUUUUGGGGUUCGAUCUCUGGUGGGAAUAACUCAUGCCAGAGAUCGAACGCGUGCCGGAGAACAACAACGCCCUGUUCGGCAAAUAUGAGCUCGGAAGGGUUUUGGGUUGUGGAGCCUUCGCGAAAGUCUAUUUUGCCCGCAAUGUCCAGAACGGCCAGAGCGUCGCCAUUAAGGUCAUCAACAAGAAGAAGAUAUGUGGCUCUGGCCUCAUGUCUAAUAUCAAGCGUGAAAUUACCAUCAUGAGUCGCCUCAAUCACCCCAAUAUCGUCAAGCUCCACGAGGUCUUAGCCACUAAGACAAAGAUCUACUUCGUCAUGGAGUUCGUCAAGGGCGGCGAAUUGUUUACCAAGAUCUCCAAGGGACGCUUGAGCGAGGACCUCAGCCGUAAGUAUUUCCAACAGUUGAUAUCCGCCGUCGGGUACUGCCACUCCCGCGGCGUAUUCCACCGUGACUUGAAGCCUGAGAAUCUCUUGCUCGACGAGAAUGGGAAUCUGAAGGUUUCGGACUUCGGACUAAGUGCCGUAAAAGAUCAGAUUCGAACCGAUGGGUUGCUCCAUACACUUUGUGGCACGCCGGCUUACGUCGCACCGGAGGUUUUGGCCAAGCAAGGCUACGAUGGAGCUAAGGUGGAUGUGUGGUGCAGUGGCGUUAUUCUCUUCGUAUUGACAGCUGGUUACCUACCGUUUAACGACCCGAAUCUCAUUGCCAUGUACAAGAAGAUAUAUAAUGGCGAAUAUCGGUGCCCCCGGUGGAUGUCGACCGACCUCCGGCGUUUUCUAUCACGGCUCCUGGACACCAACCCGGAGACCCGAAUCACCAUCGACGAGAUCCUCCGGGACCCAUGGUUCAGGAAAGGGUACAAGGAGGUUAAGUUUCACCAGGAACACGUCGGGUCUUCAUCAGGGACGAAGUCCGAUGAGGCGGAGAAGAUGACUGAUCUGAAUGCAUUUGAUAUCAUCUCGUUCUCCUCCGGUUUGAACCUGUCAGGUUUGUUUGAUGAUCCGCACAACCAAACGGAGGAAACCGAGCGGUUUGUGUUGGCAGCAUCACCGGAGAAGCUCAUAGAGAGAGUGGAGGAGAGCGCCAAGGCGGAGAAACUUGUCGUGAGAAGGAAGAAGGAGUGCGGGGUGGAGCUGGAGGCGCAGAAAGGUAAUUUCGGGAUUACUGUUGUUGUUUACCGAUUAAUGGAAAGCCUGGUAUUGGUAGAGGGCCAAGGAAGAGGCAGAGACGGGGUCAGCUUCUGGAAGAACAAGCUUAAGCCUCAGCUCUGUGCUACUACAGGCCAAGAAACAGACUCCCAAGUUGCCGGUGACUAAAAUCUCAUCCAAUUCUCUGUUUUCUCCUCCUCCCAGAAAUACAAAUUUGUGGUGCAAAAAAAAUGGAGAUAAAAUAAUAAGUUCAAGAUGGUGGUGCAACCAUAAACAUAGCAGUUGGUGGGUAUUUGUGAAACAUGGAGGAAUGAAAAUCAUCGGAAAUUAGUGAUAGUGAUUAAUGAAUGUUAAGAAUAAUCGUAUAUUGUAGGCGUCCGAGUGGUUUCAUUUUGUAUACUGUUGCUAUAUGUUAUCAUGAAAUAGCAAGCGUGGUUUACUGAACAAUGCAAUGAUGUGGGUGAGGACAGAGGAAUGGUUGAUCCUCGUAAACCCACUGAGACUAAUGGAUUUCAUUAUGUUUUAUUAAGAUUGCUUUGUACAUAUUGUGUUUUCCAGAAUUGAAAAAACGAGGAAAGAGAAUUCCUUCUGGUUUCUG